CUACGCCCCGCCCAGCAAUAACGCACACCGCUCAGCGUACGAAAGUUGCAUUUGAAGGGCAGAAGAUCGACUUGUCGGGAGACAAGGAAGCCGCUCGAGAGAGAAAAACAAACAAACAAAUAAACAACAACAACGAUGGAGAACUCACAACCAGCACCUUCCACCAUGUUGAUUUAACGACGUCUGUCUGUGCGCGAGGCCGAGCGGGCAGCUAAUACGUGCUAGCUAACGGUCGCCAAACUGGAGCCGACCGGAGGAAGAAAGAACAGUUUGUCCGCUUAAAAACACCGACGGUCGGAGUCUGCGAAGGACGUGGGGACGAUGAAGUUUGCUCAGUUCCUGCUGAAGAGCAGCUCCGUCUCGGGGAUACCGAGACAAGUGGAGAGGUUCGCCAAGUUCUCCCCCUCUCCCUUGUCUAUGAAGCAAUUCAUUGACUUCGGCUCGGCCGAUGCAUGUGAGAAGACCUCCUUUGUGUUCCUUCGGCAGGAGCUUCCUGUGAGACUGGCCAACAUCAUGAAGGAGAUCGAUUUCCUCCCUGACAAGCUGCUCGGCACUCCGUCCCUGAAGCUCCUCAUCAGCUGGUAUUCCCAGAGUUUGAUGGAGAUAGUAGAUUUCUUAGAGAAGGAUCCAGAUGAUAAGGAUGUCCUGACAAACUUCACACAGACUCUGGUCAACGUCCGCAACCGGCACAACAACGUGGUGCCCACCUUGGCCCAGGGGGUGGUGGAGUACAAGGACGCCUUCGGCGUGGACCCCGUCACCAACCAGAACGUCCAGUACUUCCUGGACCGCUUCUACAUGAGCCGGAUCUCCACGCGCAUGCUCAUGAACCAGCACACCUUGAUCUUUGACGGCAGUGUGAACCCAGCCCACCCUAAACAUAUCGGCAGCAUCGACCCCAGCUGUGCCGUGGUGGAGGUAAUAAAAGAUGCCUAUGAUACUUCGAAGAUGCUUUGUGAGCAAUAUUACCUGACCUCUCCGGAUAUGGAGAUCAUAGAAGUCAAUUCCAAAAACCCUGACCAACCCCUGCACAUAGUCUAUGUGCCGUCUCACCUGUACCAUAUGCUGUUUGAGCUUUUCAAGAACGCCAUGAGAGCAACAGUAGAGACGCACGAGACGAGCCCCGCGUUGCCCCCCAUCAAAGUGCGAGUCUCACUGGGAACGGAGGACCUCACCAUCAAGAUGUCCGACAGAGGAGGCGGAGUCCCGCUGAGGAAGAUCGAGCGUCUGUUCAGCUACAUGUACUCGACGGCUCCGAGUCCAGUCCACAUGGACAACUCCCGCAAUGCACCACUGGCUGGCUUUGGCUACGGCCUGCCCAUCUCUCGACUGUAUGCCAAGUACUUCCAGGGAGACCUGCAGCUCUACUCCAUGGAGGGCUACGGCACCUCGGCUGUCAUAUACCUGAAGGCUCUGUCCUCCGAAUCAGUGGAGAGGCUUCCUGUUUUCAACAAGUCAGCCUUGCGGCAUUACCAGACGAGCAUAGAGGCGGACGACUGGUGCAUGCCCAGCAGGGAUCCAAAGAAACUGGGCAACUCCAAGUGGAUUCUGUGAUGGCGGACGCAAGUGAAGGACACUCUUAUGUAGUUUAAUUUAAAGAAUUAUAGGUUUAAAAAGAAAAGGGUCCACGUUGGAGGAAUGAACAAAGUGGUUCUGUGAGUGGGGGAAGGCGCCGAAGGCUUUCAGCAUGCUACGGGACCUGGACUUGUGGAUCCAUUCAUCCUCUCAUUUCUCACAGAGAGAAGCAGAAAUACUUUAAGAUAAAUGCACCGAAAUAACUGAACUAUUACUAGAAGCCUCAAGGCAUUUUAAUGUAGUUAUGCUGUACAAUGAUUACUGCCGGCUGUUGGUAAUCUAACAAGUAUUAAUCUUAUUUUUCAGGUAUAAUAAACCUGUUAUACUUUGUUAAUCAGUAUGAAGAAUAUGAUUGCAAUACUGUAAGACUGAAAAAAUAGUCUUUCAAUUGAAUUACCUUGUUGAGGUAAUUGAAUUAAAUGUUUAUCAAGGCUCAGAAAAGCCAGCCAAAGCCAGCAGGUUCAUUUGAGUUAAACAGAACGCAUUCACAACCAGCACAAAGACAAAGGGAGAAAAGUAUUUUCCUCCACUGUUGGACAUGUAGGCAUUUCAUUCAUUCAUUACUUACAGCACUGACUGACAACUUCUGUAUUUCAAGCUGGUCUAUUUCAGACUCAAUUACAUAAUUUCAGAGACAUUAUAAGGAGAAUUUGCACUGGUCUUGUGUGUGGUGUAACAUUACAUCAAUGUAUUUUAGCGUGUUUUAUGUGAUGUUAAAAUGAUUGAUGGAGUUCCAGAUUGCAAAAGGAGGACGUGCCUUUCUGGAAGUAUAAACAGAUACAAAGUUAUUGCAACAUAUUUGAAGUUAAUCUGUUUGGUUAAACUGUGAAUAAUUUUCUUCGAACUGUAAAACUGCCAAAUUAUCCAUGACUGUCUCAAUAAUAAUAGACACAGAACUGAAAUACAAACUUUUUAAACCUGCUCCAAGAAAGUUUGAUGUGCUUUCAAAGAGUAACUGUCUAGAACUGCCAUUUGGGAACAUCAAGUGUUUUGAAAUGAUGCAUGUUGUACAUUCUAGUGAGUCACUGCAGAGGGUGCGACGGACGUCAGGAGGAACGGACGGGACAUGCUAAGACAAGUCUGAGUAAGCUGUAUUGAUCUAACAGAUUAGUGUUUUCUUUAUCCAACAUACAUUUAACCUCUUACUCAUUUUGCCAAGUUUGUAGCAUUUAGAAUGAGAACGAGAUCUUGCUGAUUCAAAGGUGAACACUAACUUUAUAUUGUCUCCAGCGGACACGUUGCAUUGUGUACUGUAUGGAUAUUAUUGUCUGUGUUUGUGUGUUACUGUACCUUGUGGCCACAGUAGAAAGACCAGUGAAUGUGGAAAAUAAAUCUCGCUUAGGCAACCAGCAAAACUCA